UUUAAAUUAGGUUCAGUGCAUGUUCAGACGCCAAGCUGGCCUUUUCACAUUUCUCAUUACGACGAAUUGUUUACAGACUUAGGCCCUGCUUCUACCUCCCCUUGAAGCCCAAUUUGUUCCCCAAUUACACCACCAUGGCUGAGCCUUCCACCAAAAAAUCCCGCACGCACCCUCCAUACGAACUCCUCUACUGGCCCGCCAUCCCCGGCCGCGGCGAGUUCAUCCGCCUCGCCUUCGAAGCCUCUGGUGUAUCCUAUAAAGACGUAGCUAAUGAAACUAAAGACGGAAUCAAGGCUGUACUAGCCUGCAAAGCCGACGAUUGCAUCAUCGAUUCUGACGGUAACCCCCCUGCAUUCGCUCCUCCUGCCCUACGAGUCCCUGGCGAGGGCAAGCACGGCAAGACGUUGGUGCUAUACCAGACUCCUACCAUACUCUGUUACCUCGGCGACAGGCUCGGUCUCGCGGGAGAAGAUGAGGUUGAGAAGCACUGGAUUCUCAGUCAUGCGCUGACGGCGCUGGACUUGAAUAACGAAACCCACGAUACACAUCAUCCCAUUGCUAGCAUACAAUACUACGAAGACCAGAAACCCGAGGCCCUUAAAAGGUCUAAAGACUUCCGCGAAAAUCGUCUCCCGAAGUUUUUCGGGUAUUUCGAACGAGUGCUGAAAGGGAACGAGGGGCAAGGACAGGGGAAACAUCUCGUUGGUGGAAAAUUGAGUUUUGCAGAUACGACACUUUGGCAAGUGCUUGAUGGACUUAAGUAUGCGUUCCCGAACGAGCUGGGGGCAAUCGAGAAGGAGUAUCCACUGCUUUUUGGAACAUUCUAUCUCAGUGUGAAGGAGGAGAAGGGUAUUAAAGAGUAUCUAGCGAGUGCAAAGAGGCUACCAUAUAGCAACGGCGUCUUCCGUCAUUAUCCCGAGCUGGAUAGGCCAGGCAAGUAGGAGUACGCAGAGGAACAAAAGGAAGUGACGGCAUUAGAGGGCAGUGCCCAAGAAUAAAAGCGUCAAUGAGUCAAAAGGCCUAGGGUGCACAAAAGGUAGAGAAC